AACCCAUCUCCAAUCCCCAACUCUAAACCUAGCGAAAAUUAUCUGCUUCAAUGGCGAAUGCGGAAGCGGAAGCCGUCGAUUUCGAGCCGGAGGAGGACGAUCUCAUGGACGAGGACGUCGGCGACGGCUCCCCCAGUCGGCUCGCCCAUCCUCGCCUCAAGUCCGCCAUCACUGGCGGUGGCUCCUCCACCGCUCCGAAGAAGACCAAGGGCCGCGGCUUUCGCGACGAGGCCGCUGCUGAGGCCGACCGCAAUGCUCGCAUGUCCGCCCCCUUCGAUUCGCUCGAUUCAGAAGGCGGUCCUGGCCCCGAACGAUCUAUUGAAGGAUGGAUUAUUCUAGUUACUGGAGUUCAUGAAGAAGCUCAAGAGGAUGAUCUACAAAAUGCAUUUGGUGAUUUUGGAGAGAUAAAGAAUUUGCACUUGAAUCUUGAUCGACGUACGGGUUUUGUCAAGGGCUAUGCUCUGAUCGAAUUUGAGAAGUUUGAGGAGGCACAGAGAGCCAUAAGAGAGAUGGAUGGAGCUGAACUCCUAACCCAGAUCAUGAAUGUUGACUGGGCAUUCAGCAAAGGUCCAUUCAGAAGAAGGAACGUCAGGAGGAGAUCACCUCGAGGUCAUCGUUCCAGGAGUCCAAGGAGGAGAUUCUGAUCAUGGAGGCGUGUGAAAGUUUUUGGGGCUUUGAUCUAGAGUGAAGAUACCGAUGCGCGUGUUUGUUAAUGUUUUAACAAUGUGUGCGGUUGUUGUUGCCAGUUUUCGUUCAUCAACACUUCUUUUCAUAUGUAUUAACGUUUACAAGGCUUCUUCGGGUUGCUCCCUUCCUGGCCUGCCAUUUUUAUAGUUGGUGAUACUGUAGUUGAAGAAUGUUUUGUAUUAACAGUGGUGUAUUCCAUGCCUUAUUUAUUACUUGUUGCUUUUUGUAACA